UGUACACUUAUCAGUCUCAUUAAGUUGUUAACAACAUCUAUCUAGUUGAAUGAAUAGGCGUUUAUUUGAAGGUUCUCUCUUCUUUCUUUAUACUUUAAUUGUAUCUAUCUCUUAACAGGUCUGUUUAUGAUUUAUAUUUUAUAAUGUUUCUCACUUAUCGCUGUUGUUGUUGUUGUUGUUUAAAUAUCUUUUCAUAGGCUGUGUAACUAGAGAAGAAGUAUUUUAUUGAAAUGAUCAAAGAGUUUUUGUCAAAAGUUAUCAAUAAACUUGUCCAUUUCAGUUAUACUCUUUCUUUAAUUCAAUAUCAUUUUGAUAUAACAACAUCGAAAUUGUCGACAGAUUGUUUAACUCAACAUAAUAAGAGUAAAAAUCAUGAUAAAAUUGAUGGGAAUAUAAUAAUCACUUCAUCUCUAUCAAAUGGUUAUCCUUCAUCAAAGUUACCUUAUAUACCAGAUGCUAGUCUAAGUAUUAUUGGUGCUGUACAACUUUUAAUACUUAUAUUAUGUCUAAUUACAAUACCCUAUAAAAAUUAUUAUGAUUAUAAUAAUGGUAAAUGUUGUAAACAAAAUGCUGAUAAUUUGUAUCAUUCAAUGUGUUCAACUUCAUCGUCGUCUAAGCAUACGUAUUAUUCAAGUCGAGUAACACCGAUUAUAGAUACUGGAGGUGAAGUUACUACCGCUACGGCUACCGCUGUCUCUAGCAGUCGUAGUAUCAGCAGCAGCAGCAGUAUUCAGGCUAAUUGGUUGCCAAACGAUUUAAAUUGUAAGACAAUUCCUACAUUGGGAUUAUUUUAUUUAGAUAAUGAAGAAGAAAAUUAUACUAGAAGAACAUUAUCAACAUCAUUGUCAUCAGUUUCAUUGUCAACUUCAUUCACUCUUUCGUAUUUUAUAAUUCUACCGAGGAUAUAG